GGAGCUGUAGUGUUUAUUUUCUUCCGCAUUGAAAACGCUGGUCGACCUCGUCAUCGGCCGUAAACGGAGCGUGACGUAGUUGUCGUCGAUUUCGAGAUUUCCAUGCCCAUCGUCAUCUACAGGAAGAACAGGACGACCUCACCACCAUCGACAUGCAACGUCAUCUGCCGGAGAUCCGGUCGUUGCUGGAGCAAGGCACAAACAGUUUGCAGCCCGAUGAGUAUUUCUUUACUGCGCAGGGGCCUCCCGCUCCAGCUGUACCACCUGCUGGGCCGAAAUCACGGCUAACCCGGGCCAAAGAGUUUCUCACACCGAAUUUUUUGAGCAAGAAAAACUCGUCCGCGGAGGAGAUGAAGCCGAUCCAGACCAAGGGCGUAGACGGUGUUGUCGAGCUCCCGGAUUUACGGGAGGAUGUUGGUGCAAUGGAAGCUCCUGGUGGCGGUGGAGCUGCUGUGUCCUCUGAAGAUGCCGAUGUCCCUCCACACGGCGGUCCAGGCGAGGAUGAGGAGGUCGAGGCAACGAGAAACACGGUUUACCGCGAUCCGCUCACCUUCACGUGUCCCCGCGGAUACAAAUACUUGCGGGAGGUGCUGAAGCCGGAGCGACAUUUUGAGUGCGUGUUCGACAGCCUGGAGGAGUUUUCGAACAGGUACGCCGCGAGCAAAAGAAACACCCCGCCUCUCUGGGAGCCGCAGAUCAGCCUCCCGAGCAGGGUGGAGGCCGAGCACACGAAGGGCUGUAGCUUUCUCACGGGCCACCGAAUCAAAAUGUGCUGGCCGUUGAAGACCGCCGCGAGUGCGGGGAUGGCACAGCAAAGUGAUGACGGAAAUGAGAGCGCCGCCGAUGGACUACAACUUAUGGCGUGCAACGUGGUGCCGGCGAAAGCCCAGCCCGCGGAGAAAAUACUUGCCGAGCUGGCGGAACAAGAGUCGACUAGUCUGAAAGACAACUGGCAGGAAGGACAACGCACGAGGCGUAGCAGCACGCCCGCAAUGGACCCGGAGGACGCGAAAGAUGUUGAGGGAGAAGAUGUUGACGACGUCGUGGUCACGGGUGCACCUCCUCCAAGCCAGCUUGUGGCUGAGAGUUGAAAUGAGAGGUCGAUGCAAGAUUCUACAGAUAGUGCUUCUCUUGGUGCUGCGACCGCUCAAGUCAUAUGUUCCGAGACCCAAGAUAGCAAAAUCUGCAAAAUCUGGAAAAAAAAUGGCUAACAUACCAGAAUCUAAACUGCACCCCCGGAACUAAACGCUUGGACCAAACGCGUAAACGUUUGGAAAGAUCUCUAAACUUCUCAACUUUGCAUACAAAAGUGAAAACGGUUCAAGGGUUUGGGUUUUGGGUCUAGGGUUUGGGGUUUCUUGUCGUCGGCCAGGGCAGCCGCCGCCGGCCGGCCGGCGGCGGCUGCCCUGGCCGACGACUCUCUUUUUCGCCGUUUUGCGCCCGCCCCCCUGUGUUUCCCCUUCCUCGAUUCUUUUCCCCUCUGCCUCCUUUUGGUUGCUUCUCGCCACCAUCGCGGCCCCUCUCCUGUCGGCCAGUCUCCGACAACAAGAAAGCACAGACGGACUGCAAUCCCAGCAAGGCUCGCGCCGUCGCGUUGAUAGUUUAGACCCGCGGGCGAUCGUUUCGACGCCUAUUCGUUUCGGUCUGAAAGUUUAGACGCAAUCGUUUAGAUUCUGGCAUGUUAACCAAAAAAAAUCAUAUGGUAUUUAAAUUUUGACGGUUGUGAGAGAGAAGGAAAAAAAGAAGGAGCGCGGUAAGUGCCCACGGCAUGCGAAGCCUUGUCCUUGUGGGGCUCCGGGUUGCGCUCGUGUUUCGCUCGUCCUUUCGGAAACAAAACUCGCACGCCCAUCGAUGUGACAGAGCGAGCAAAACCGCAGAGGCAGUCGCGCGAACAAAACUCGGCGCCGCAGGCCGCCGCUCAAAUUCCUGCACGCCGCCCGCCAAAAUUCCGUUGCCCGGCGCCCGCCUGAAAUUGACGCUGCCCGCCCCCCGGGCAAAAUUUGACGCCGGGCGCCGCCAAUUUUUCCGCAGCAAGCCUCAGGUCCCCGCUCCGCUGCGGAAAAUUCAAAAUGCAGCUUUGUGAACAAAAUCGCGAAAACCGCCGGACCCACGAAAACCCAUUGAAAUCGCGAUGAAAAUCGGCGCGGAGCAAUUUUGUUUUCGCUCGCGCCGCCUAUUUUUCAGGUUUUCGCGAUUUUGUUGCAGUAGUUUAGAUUUUUUUUUCGCGAUUUUUUUUUCGCGAUUUUGUUUUCUAAUUUUGUUUCGAAAUUUUGUUUCGGGUUUUGUUUUUUAUUUUGUUUCGAAAUUUUGAAGCGGACUCUUUUGUCCCGAUUUCCAUGAGCAAAAUUUGUUCGCGGACUCUCAUGAAAAUUUUGCUGUGAGUCUUCUGCGGCAAAUUUCUUUCAGCUCGGCUGCGUUUCCAAAGCCCUUUUUUACGCUAAAAUCCGGAGUAGUAUUGAGAUAGUGUUGCGGCUGUCCGGUUCGAGACGAUGCUGCACAGGGUGGAGCACGAGCAGCAUAUGCCCAACGGAGUCCGAUGAUCGAGAAUGACUAGAGCCACACCAGGACGCUUGCGUGAUUUCUUUUUUCGUUUUCCCAAUUUUCCCGAUUUUGCUAUCUUGGUUCUCCGGAACAUAUGACUCAAGAACCUGCAAAGGAUGAAGUAGACAAUAAAGCUGCAUACGUCGAGCAUACUGUCACGUUAUAAAAAAAGACACAGGCAAGACCUGCACGAUUGAUUCG